GAAAUAUUUUUCAUUUGUUUUUUGUUAAUAGUUGUGUUUUUCGUAAUACUGUGAGAUUUUACAAAAAAAUUGUAAUUAAAAUGUUGUGGUUUGUAACACUGUUUUGUAUAUUUGGAUCAAUAUUGGCUGGAGAAGAUAAUAUUUUAUGCACAGAGGAAACUUGCAAGGAUGUUAAAUGUGAUGAGCUGCCCAUAAAAUGUCAGAUUCAAAAUGCCACUCACAAUGGACUUAUCUUACCAUCGAUGACGACAUGUAAUUGUUGCGAGUAUUGUUUAGAAAAUUUAAAUGAAGGCGAAGAGUGCAGUAUAGGUGACAUAAGCAAUCCGAUUGUGACAGAAAUAUGUGGACCUGGAUUAUAUUGUAAAACCCCUAGUGAAGACGAAAGUGACGGAAUAUGUAGUCGAAUGGUGACAAGUUGUACUAAAAAGCAAGAUGAUUACGAUGCAAAAAGAGUAAAUGGUACUCUAGGAUAUAUGGAAGUGCGACAGGAUUGUGAUAGUGAAGGAGAGUUUGUACCAUACAAUUGUAUACCGGGUCAAACAUGUUACUGUGUAAAUGCAAUCGGCAGCAGAAUUUUUGGAGAAGCAGAUUUUACUCCAAUUCCAGAAAGCGAUCUUAAGUGUAAAUGUUCUCGUGACUACGAAGAGGCAGUGGUGUUGAUGGGAAGAGAGCUUAGACCUGGCGAGUUCUUUAAGUGUGCGUCCAAUGGAGAUUACUAUCCUAUUCAAUGCAUGGAUGAGAAAUGUUUCUGUGUUGACACUUACGAUGGCGUUCCCACCUACCCUGAUGCUAAAGCUAUUAAUGUUACUGACAUAUCCAAAGACAAUUUAAAGUGUUAUAAAAAUAAUAAACCAGGUAUAUUUUACGAAAAAUGCGAAAGUGAUUAUUUGGAAAGUUAUAAAGCCUAUAAGGCUCUAAAAGACCAAGGUUUUAGUAUAAUGCUUGGAUUUACAUUUCCUAACUGCGACAUAGAUGGAACUUAUAAAGCUCUUCAAGAGAAUUCAACACAUAAAUAUUGCGUGGACAAGGAAGGAUCUGUCUUAAAUGCUGUUCUUCAAACUGAUACUUUAGCGAAAACUAUGGAUUGCAAAUGUACAAGAGCCAGACUUACUAUGUCCAGUAACGAAAAGCCAACUUGUGAUGCCAAUGGAAAUUAUUCCCAAAAACAAUGUAGAAGAGGAAAAUGUAGAUGUGUAGACUCGGAUGGAAACCAGAUUUGUAAGAAAGAGCCGUGCGAAGUUGACGAAAGUUUAGAAACAAACCUAAUAUGUCCAAAAUAAUAAGAGUAUCUAUUUAUGUAUAAAUAUACGUGUGUUAAUAGAUUAUACAAUCCAGAAUGUACAAAGAAUAUCAUUUUGAUUAAGUAAACCCUUAAAUUAUUUU